ACUUUGGGGUGAUGCUGUUAUAAGUGAAUGGACAAAUUUGUACAUUCGUCACAUGCAAAUUUAUUAAACAACUAAACAAAGUGGAACAAUAGCAUAUGAUGUUACAACUGUAUGUGCAGAAAUCAUUUUCAAAGUUAACAUUAUUUAUUGAACUUCCAAACCUCGGGUUCAGAGAUCCAGAAGCAGAGAAUCUCUCCAUUCUCUUGAACCAAAAUUCUCCUCCUACCCAAAAUGGAUGGAGGGUCCUUUUCUUCAUUUUCCAUUCUUCUUUUCCUUGCAGCCAUAGUAGCUGUUUAUCAUCAUUCAGCAGAAGCAGCUAUGUCUAAGGGAUCAUUUGAAGACAACUUCAGCAUAAUGUGGUCUGAAAACCAUUUUACUACCUCUACAGAUGGACAGAUCUGGUAUCUCUCCUUAGACAAUGACACAGGAUGUGGGUUUCAAACAAAACAAAGAUAUAGAUUUGGAUGGUUCAGUAUGAAGUUGAAACUAGUUGGAGGUGAUUCUGCUGGUGUUGUGACAGCUUAUUAUAUGUGUACAGAAAAUGGUGCAGGGCCAGAAAGAGAUGAGCUUGAUUUUGAGUUUUUGGGAAACAGAACAGGACAACCAUACUUGAUUCAAACAAAUGUGUACAAGAAUGGGACCGGUAAUCGUGAGAUGAGACAUAUGCUUUGGUUUGAUCCCACUGAGGACUAUCACACCUAUUCUAUUCUCUGGAAUAAUCACCAAAUAGUGUUUUUUGUGGAUAGAGUUCCAAUAAGGGUGUUCAAGAACAAUGACAAACCAAACAAUUUCUUCCCAAAUGAGAAACCAAUGUACUUGUUUUCAAGUGUAUGGAAUGCAGAUGAUUGGGCUACAAGAGGUGGACUUGAAAAAACAAAUUGGAAAUUAGCACCAUUUGUGUCAUCCUACAAAGACUUUAGUGUUGAUGCUUGUCAAUGGGAAGAUCCAUUUCCUAAAUGUGUUUCAACCACAACAAAAAAUUGGUGGGAUCAAUAUGAUGCUUGGCAUCUUUCAGGUGAUCAGAAAAUGGAUUAUGCUUGGGUUCAACGAAACCUUGUCAUCUAUGACUAUUGUAAUGAUUCUGAACGCUUUCCAACUUUGCCUGAGGAGUGCUCAUUGAGUCCAUGGGAGUAAUGUAUCAAGGGAAAAUAUAUGAAAUAUCAUUUUUCCUUUAAAUAUCUAUUUUUGUAUCAAAUUUAUUUAGUUAGCAGAGUUUUUAUUUUUUUAUUUUUAUU